AGUGUCGGUACCAGUCCGGCAAUACGAUCGGGCGCGUGCCCUGACAGCAGUACCUCCAGCGCGAGACAACUUCAGCAUGAAGUUCCUACACCGUGUUUUUGUGUCCCUUUUGAUGAUGACUACACUACUCCUGGAGUCAGAUGCAUUUUUAUGGCCGAGACGACGACGUAACCCAGGCUGCUCUACACCUCAAACCCCAGCCCACACAACCAGGAGCGGCUGUGCCUCCCCCUACACACACGGGGAGUGUUGCUACUACCGGUGCCGUUCUGGGUACGCUCAAGCCUCCGGUAGUACCACCAAGACCUGCUCUAGUGGGCGCUGGACUGGAAGCAACUUGGUCUGUGUGAGAGACGUCCGUCUCGUAGGCGGAAGCGGCUCUCAUGAGGGGAGAGUUGAGGUGCUCCAUAACGGUCGAUGGGGGACGGUCUGUGACGACUCCUGGGCCAUUGAUGACGCACGCGUGGUUUGCCGUCAGCUGGGCUAUCCGGGAGCAGAUGAGGCAAAGUCCAGAGCCUUCUUCGGCCAAGGUACCGGGCAGAUCUGGCUGGAUGAUGUACGCUGUACCGGUAGUGAGACGAGCCUUUCCCAAUGUAGCCACAGAGGAUGGGGCAGUCAUAACUGCGUGCACUCGGAGGAUGCCGGGGUUGUUUGUACGAGUAGUCUUUCUUCAGACGUCCGUCUCGUAGGAGGAGGCGGCUCUCAUGAGGGGAGGGUUGAGGUGUUCCAUAACGGCCAAUGGGGGACGAUCUGUGACGACCUCUGGGAAAUUAAUGACGCACGCGUGGUUUGUCGUCGGCUGGGCUAUCCGGGAGCAGAUGAAGCAAAAAGCAGCGCCUUCUUCGGCCGCGGCACGGGGCAGAUCUGGCUGGACGAUGUUGGCUGUACCGGCAGUGAGACGAGCCUUUCCCAAUGUAGCCACAGAGGAUGGGGCAGUCAUAACUGCGGGCACCACGAGGAUGCCGGAGUUUUUUGUACGAACGUCCGUCUCGUAGGCGGAAGCGGCUCUCAUGAGGGGAGGGUUGAGGUGUUCCAGAACGGCCAAUGGGGGACGAUCUGUGACGACUUCUGGGACAUUAAUGAUGCACGCGUGGUUUGUCGUCGGCUGGGCUAUCCGGGUGCAGAUGAGGCAAACGUCAGGGCCUUCUUCGGCCGCGGCACGGGGCAGAUCUGGCUGGAUGAUGUUGGCUGUACCGGCAGUGAGACGAGCCUUUCCCAAUGUAGCCACAGAGGAUGGGGCAGCCAUAACUGCCGGCACCACGAGGAUGCCGGGGUUGUUUGUACGACCUACACCACCAGGACCGGCUGUUCCUCCCCCUACACACACGGGGAGUGUUGUACAUACAGGUGCCGUCCUGGGUACACUCACGUCUACGGCAGUACUACCAAGACCUGUUCUAAUGGCCACUGGGAUGGAACCAACCUGGUCUGCUGCUCUACACCACAAACCCCGGCCCACACCAUCAGGAGCGGCUGUGGCUACCCCUACACACACGGGGAGCGUAGUACCUACAGGUGCAGUACUGGGUACACUCAAGUCUCCGGUAGUACCACCAGGACCUGCUCUAAUGGCCAUUGGAUUGGAACCAUCCUGGUCUGUUUGAGAAGGUGGCCAAGGGGCACGUAUGGCUUACCCAGAACGAACACAGGCUGCCCUGAAGCCGCAGGCGUGACCUGGCGAUAUGGUUACCGUUAUCACGACACUGAGGAUCGUAACUCCAACAACCAUUGGACCCCAGGACUGCAUUUCGAUGGCGGCUACUGGCGAAACAACAUGUACCAAAAAUUUUGCAUGAAGACAUCUUCGUUUCAAGGAUAUGGGAACUGGCCAAGUGGUAGCUACUGUAUCUUCAAAAGGGAUGGCUGUCCGAGUGGUUUCCAGAAUGGAGAGGUGUUCUGGGACGAUGAAGACAGCUUCAAUGGAAACCGUGUGAGUGGCCAACUACCCCAUGGGCAUUACAAUCAUAAUACCUUAAUCAGGUAUUGCUGCCGUAACGACGGGAGCGCCAACACCUACAUCUCUCUUCCCAACCGCAGCCCCUUCUACCUCUUCCGCUACAGACAGGGAUGUCAGAAGGUGACAGGGAUGCAUGUCCGGGAGGAGUACUUCUACUGGGACGACGAGGAUGACGAUAAUGCUAACCGUCUCCAGGGGGCGCAUCCUUACGACGACGGCGGAGGCAGUAACCACAGGCUUCACUACUGCUACUAUUGGAAAUGA